AUGGCCGCGGCGGGGACGGAGCUGCCCGGCGGCAACGCCAGCGCCAACCAGAGCGCCGCCGAGCCCACGGUGUCGAGGGACGUGUGGAUGGUGGGCAUGGGCAUCCUGAUGUCGCUGAUCGUGCUGGCCAUCGUCUUCGGCAACGUGUUGGUGAUCACGGCCAUCGCCCGCUUCCAGCGCCUGCAGACCGUCACCAACUACUUCAUCACCUCGCUGGCCUGUGCCGACCUGGUCAUGGGGCUGGCCGUGGUGCCCUUCGGCGCCUGCCACAUCAUCAUGGAGAUGUGGAAGUUUGGGAACUUCUGGUGCGAGUUCUGGACCUCUCUGGACGUGCUGUGCGUCACGGCCAGCAUCGAGACCCUGUGUGUCAUUGCUGUGGACCGGUACUUCGCCAUCACCUCCCCGUUCAAGUACCAGAGCCUGCUGACCAAGGGCAAGGCACGUGUGGUCAUCUUGGUGGUGUGGGUGGUGUCGGGCCUGACCUCCUUCCUGCCCAUCCAGAUGCACUGGUACCGGGCAGACCACGAGGACGCCAUCCGCUGCUACCAGGACGAGAUGUGCUGCGACUUCUUCACCAACCAAGCCUACGCCAUCGCCUCCUCCAUCAUCUCCUUCUACGUGCCCCUCGUGGUCAUGGUCUUCGUGUACGCCAGGGUCUUCCAGGUGGCCAAGAAGCAGCUGCAGAAGAUCGACAGGAGCGAGGGGAGGUUCCACACCCAGAACAAGGAGCAGGAGCAGAAAGGGGGAGCCGGGCACCGCCGCUCCUCCAAGUUCUUCUUGAAGGAGCACAAGGCCCUCAAAACCCUGGGCAUCAUCAUGGGCACCUUCACGCUGUGCUGGCUGCCCUUCUUCAUCGUCAACAUCGUGCACGUCAUCCAGGACAACGUCAUUCCCAAGUACCUGUACAUCCUCUUGAACUGGCUGGGCUACGUCAACUCCGCCUUCAACCCCCUGAUCUACUGCCGGAGCCCCGACUUCAGGUACGCCUUCCAGGAGCUGCUGUGCCUGCGCAGGUCCGCCCUCAAGAUGUACGCCAACGGCUACUCCAACAGCAACGGCCGCAGCGACUACAACGAGGAGGACACCGGCUACCCCCUGGCCCCGGAUAAAACCUGCCAGCUGCUCUGCGAGGAGGGCUCCUUCCCUCGCCCCGAGCACUUUUUGCACGGCAAAGAGAUCCCUGGAUGCCCAGGAAUGGUGGAGAGCUGAACCAACCUCUGUUCCUCACCGCCCUGAGCUGUGAGGGCUCCGCAGAGAUGGAGUGGGGCACAGCUUCUCCUCCCUGAGCCAGGGGAUGCUGUGGGAAGUGACUGCCUUGGCAAGGUCCUCAUCCCAACCCAUCACCCACCACGCAGCACCUCCAGGAGAAGCUGGGCAAGGACCACCACGGGACCAGGAGAGGCUCUGAGAGCCUUGGAGGACACCAGGAAGCCACAGGAACUGAAGGAGGUGGUUUGGACAUUUAUCCAAACCGUGACAAACGUGCUGAGGGGUUUUCCCCUUGGAAAAGCCUUUGCAGAAGGGAGCACCAGGCGCAGUGUGGGCUCCAGCUGGAUUGGAAGAGGCACAGCCAGGUCUCACAGCAGGUCAGGAGCCCAGCGGGUCAUGGCAGCCUGUCUUCUGCUGGGUGGGGAUCCAGGUGCAGCAGGAAUCUGUCCAAGACCAAGAGACAGGAGCAUGGAAGAUUCCUUUGAUUUAUUCUGUGCUUGUUUCUCCUUCUGGUGUCUUCUCUGUCUACCUCUUCUCCUCUAAGAGCAUGGAGGGCCCUGACUGUCCCCAAGGAACAGCAGGAUUGGUGCAGGGCAGGAAUGGGGCCUUUCUUCUCUCCUUGCUCCAAAAAAUCUCCAACUGCCCUGCCUUGGCAAGGCUGGGACCUGGCAAUCCUUCUCCUUGCAGGAAGUCCCAUUUCAGCAGGACCAGCCACCCUUGGGAGCCAGGAUUUCCCACCUGAGGCUCAGAAUGAGACAGAGCAUCCAUGGCAGAGCAUCCAUGGCAGAGCAUCCAUGGAAGAACAUCCAUUUCACAACAUCCAUGGCACAACAUCCAUGGCACAAAAUCCAUGGCACAGCAUCCAUGGCACAACAUCCAUUGCACAAAAUCCAUGGUAGAACAUCCAUGGCACAACACCCAUGGCACAGCAUCCAUGGCACAACAUCCAUGACACAACAUCCAUGGCACAACCAUGGCACAAAAUCCAUGGUAGAACAUCCAUGGCGCAACAUCCAUGGCAGAGCAUCCAUCCCUCUCCUGCAGCUGUGGGAAGGAGCACACCAAACUCUUGAUUUUGGAUUGUGGAAAACUCACUAAGCAGAGGAAAAGAUGGAGUGACUUGUGGCCUCAGGCAGAAAACAGCAGGAAAAACUGGCUGGAAACCAUAAAAACAUGCACCUUGGACUGGCAGGUGGUGGCCCAGCUGCAGCUCUGUGGUCACUGAGCUGGUACUGAACUGUGGGAGCCCCAUCUCAGACCUUCCCCUCGGGCUUCCAGCUGCAGAACUUUCCCUCCAGUGCAAUCCUAUUUAUUUAUUUAUUGUGAAGCUGCUAAAGGAGCCCCCUGCAAGGCCGGGCUGGGCAGGGCUUGGAGCCACCUGGGACAGUGGAAGGUGUCCCUGGCCAUGGCAGGAUGGGAAUUAAAUGAUCUUUAAUGAAUUGAAUGGUCUUUAAUGAAUUGAAUGAUCUUUAAUUAAUUUAAUGAUCUUUAUUGAAUUGAAUGGUCUUUAAUGAA